CAUUACAACAAUGGCAGACCUGGUGAAAAUAUGUGUACUGUUUAUUGUGUUGGCUGGGGUUUACACUUCCUGCCCCAGAGGCUGGACUGGUGUAGGUGAAUACUGCCUGAUGUUUGCAAAAGACCACGUGACCUGGAUAGAUGCAGCAAGAAAAUGUAAACAAAACAAUAAUUCACUACUUGUGACAAUUGAUAACUACGAAAAGAUGUCCAUUAUCAAAACUAUUUCUAAUGCUUUAGCGAGUCCUACUAUAGGUAUGGCUAACUUCUGGGUGGGUGGUAACGACUUUGGAGUGGAGGGAGAAUGGAGAUGGGAGGAAACAAACCUAAGGAUCGGCCCUUUUACAAACUGGGCCCCAGGAAGCCCUAACGGAAACUCUUCAGAAAACUGCAUGCUUGUUGGAUUCGAUCACAAUAAUACGGACAUAUACUGGAAAGACGCAAGAUGCACCACUCGCCAUAAUUACAUUUGUCAGUUUAGACUUUUCAGCGGAGGUUCAAACAUCAUAGGACGAAAAUAAAAACUACUCCCUUGU